AUGGACUCACUUUGGGUCAAGUGGGUUCAUAGUGUAUACAUUAAGGAGCAAGAUUUCUGGGAUCUGGUUCCUAAAAUGAGGGAUAGUUGGGGCUGGAAAAUGCUCUGUAAAGUAAGGGAUGAUCUAAAGCAAGGGUUUACUGAUAAUAGGUGGAUGAAUAGCAAGAUAAAAUUGCUACCUGUUAUAAGUAGCUUCAGGGAUCUGGUGAUAAGCAGCCUUGGACUAGCUGGCUAUGGUGUCUGUGACAGUGAUUUGUGCUUACUGUGUGGGGAGGAGCCUGAAACUAAAGACCACUUGUUCUAUACUUGCCCUUACAAUUUAAAAUGUAUAAAAGAGAUAUGUGCUUGGCUGGAUGUAUGUUUAGAUGGCUUAGGUUGGAAUUGA